UGUACAUGUCCGCAGAACCCUCUCACAAAGAUGACGUUACUCUGUGGUCUGACAGUAUUGCUGAUGUUUACCUGUACCCCAAGUUACGCAGACGAUGAAGCUGUGGGAUCUACCGGUUAUUCUGAAUCCUUUUCCAACCUUCUGUACGUCUUCAAUGGCUACUUCACGGACAGACGCCAGGUGGAGGCGUACAACAACAUCGACAACCCGGACCUGGACAAACCCUUCUCGGCUUCUGUGCUCUCUAGGCCUGUCGAGAUCACAGCUCUGGAACCGGCGGUGACCUACUUGUACGAGGAAUACAUAAAAAACCAGAUCCGUCGACGUCUGAUCUGUGUCAUAUGGCAAGACGACAACGGGGAGAUCUACCUUCAACCUUACAACAUCACCUCUCCUCCCAACGACAUGUCCAAGCCGUUCACACUUGACCAGAUCAAGCAGUUGACCCCAAGUGAUCUGACCACUAGAACCGAAUGUAAAGUCAAGUUUCAACAAAAAAGUGCCCGCACAUUCACAGCCUACUGGCCUGACUGUGCUGUCGAGAAUGCGCCCAUGUACCAGCUGACUUGGUCUUGUAACUCAAUGGUAGCCAUCUCGAUAGAUGCUAAGGAGGUGGAGUAUGCGCCCAUUCCCAUCAUGCUUACCAAAGAAAGUCAGGGAGGUCCUUUUCCCGAAUAUAUUGAGGCGGAAAUCCGCAAAGAUCCGUGUUUGUAGUUUAUCAACGCAAAGAAAGACAAAACCCCACAGAUAGAAAAUCAAAUAAAUUGAAACCUGAGUUCGACGUUAAUCUACAAAUUUCAUACACCGAAACAAGCUUUUUUUUUUCUUUUAAAAAAUAUGUGACAAUAAAGUUUUAAAGCGUA